AUUUGUGAAAUAUUUUUUGAUGUGAUAUGAAAGUAGAGGGAUUUAGGUUUCUAGAACCGUACCGCAAUUGAGAAUCGAUUCGCAUUUAGAUGGAGUAUUUGGCUGUUUAGGCUUCCAGAGCCAAUUCACCCUUUAAAUAGAAGUCCUUUAGUCCAAUAUUGGGCCGGUGGAAGAGGAUCAAUAAUUAUUCUCAAAUUACAUUGGUUCAUUAGUCAUUUGUGAUGUCUGUCAUUAAAAAUAUUUUUUCAUCCGGACUCGGUCAGAUACAGUAACACGAGUCAUAGACACACAUUGCAGCGGAACAAUUGAAUCAAAGCUCUAACUGUUCCCCCUACGGAAGCGUUUUGAUAUUGCACCGCAACGUUCACGUGUAAACAACUUGUAUGAUUUUGUUCUACAUACUUUAUGUAGACAUAUUUAUUUUCGUACGUGUCGCUUCAGUAGUUAAUACUAAGAAACCGUAAUUCAGCAACUAGUUUAAUCUUCAAAUACAUCCACCUUAUUUGGAGUGAAUAUGGCUUCACUAUCACAACAGGGCGAUGAUAGCGACGAUGGCAUGGACGACUUUAUGGAGAAAUUCAAGAAGGAGAAAUAUAGCAACGCCUUUUCCGAGAAGAACUGGGAAGAGGAGUUCGAUAAGGUGCCUAUGUUCAUGAAGACGGCGCCUGAUGAGAUUGACCCCAUGAAACACCCGGAGCUGGCGGCUAUUCAGUCCAUCAUCCACGACGAUGACAGACCACUAGAGGAGCAAGCCGAGAGCCUGAAAGAUGAGGGGAACGACUACUUCAAAGAGAAGAACUACAAGAAAGCUAUAGUGUCCUACACAGCUGGACUGAAGAAGAACUGCAGUGACUCUAAUGUCAAUGCCAUCCUGCUCACUAACCGAGCAGCAGCACACUUCCACCUGGGUAACAUGCGCUCUGCACUGAAUGAUUCUGUCACUGCAAAGAAGUUUAAACCAGACCACCUCAAAGCAUUAAUUAGAGGUGCCUCGUGUUGUAUGGAGCUGAAAAAAUAUACAGAUGCCCUGCUGUGGUGUGAGGAGGGGCUCAAGCUGCAGCCCACAGACAAGAAGCUACUGGAGCUGAGAGCUACAGCAGAUAAACACAAGAGAGCAGCAGAGAGAGAUGCCAGGAAGGCGAAGGUUAAAGAAAAGAAGGAGCUCAGUGAGAGAGAGGCUCUGCUGGCUGCUAUAAAGGGGCGUGGCAUCAAGUUACUGAAGCCUAAACAGCGUCCUAAGCGCAGCUCUGACAGUGACGAUGAUAAUAGAGGCCCCUCUAGAGCCAUGGCAGGCCUGGACCUGGACGGUCUGUGUUCUGUGGAGGCCACAGGGGCCACGGUGUUCCUGGAUGAACAGGGUGCCAUGCAUUGGCCAGUCUUAUUCCUCUACCCCGAACACCAACAAACAGACUUCAUCUCAGCCUUCAGCGAAUCCUCCAGCUUUCUUGAUCACCUGACUCUCAUGUUUGGAGAGGAACUCCCACCUUGGGACACUAACCGGAAGUACUCUCCCCAAAACCUCCAGCUGUUCUUUGAAGACCACGAGAAAGAGUCCUUAUAUCAAGUCAAUCCAGAGACGCCUCUCAUUAAAAUCCUUCAGCAUAAAAGGUGUUUUGUAAAAGCAGGAAGUCCCAGCUUUGUCAUUAUGGUAAAAGGGUCGCCGUUUUGCGAGAAGUUCUUAUCAGAAAGGAAAACCAUUCGACUGUAAUGACACCUCAUUAAUCAGCCUAGACCUGUCAAUCUCAGACUACUGGUAUGAACUCUUUCCCACCAAUCGGAAAGGACUGCACUCCUCUCCAUUCCCUGCCCAAAGUAUAUUAUAAAAGUGUAGAUUUAGCUAUUUAAGAGCAGAGAUUAAUGUUAUGUUUGGGAGCCUUUACAUUGUUCCACAUAUCUCCAACAUACUAUGUGAUUGGCAAGAUUGCAGUGUUCAUUACUGUAUGUAUAGAUCAAAUUCUACAUCAGUGUCAAUCCGGGAACCUGUCAUAAAAUCUGUUAUAAUUAAGUCACCAUGUCACUUACUAAAAGGCCUUACAACAAAGUA